CAUUAGCUUCCGUACACUUGUCGUUGUCGUCGUGAUUCUCUCUCCUCGUCUUUCGACGUGCUCCCCUCUCAUUCUCUCUUUCUCCUGACUUUUCUCACUCUCAUUUUCUCUCCCUCAAUCGUCAACUUUCUGCGAUCAUCAUCAUCUCAUCAUCGAUGGACACUCCAGUCAUCGAAGAAGAAGACGAGGAGGCGUUGGCCUCGCUCGUCCCCUUUCCUCCCCGUCGCAAGAUGCAUUCCUACAGCGUCCAGUUCGACCAGAAGCCGCACCACCAGAUCCGCAAGCACAGCCUCGACGAGGUCCCACGAUCCACCACUUUAGGAAACGACGCCGUUUACUUCGAUUCCUCCGACGAGGAAUUCUCCACCGGAGGAGCCAUCGCCAUCGCCAGCGGCGAAACCGUCUCCAACGGAGGCGAGGAUUACGCCGUCGUCGCGCCUCCUCCUAACGCCAGCGUCGGAGAGGACGCCGUGGAGCCGCUCCCGGAGUUCAUCGGAGCCGGAGGCGGCGCCGGGAUCUUUAAAGUUCCUGUGCGCGCGGCGGUGCAUCCCGGACGGCCGCCGUGUCUUGAGCUGAGGCCGCAUCCGUUGAGGGAGACGCAGACGGGGAAGUUCUUGAGGAACAUUGCUUGCACGGAGACGCAGCUCUGGGCGGGUCAAGAGAACGGCGUGAGGGUCUGGAACAUGGAAGAGGUUUACGACGCAGGGUGUGGUAUCGGCGGGCAGGUACAGCGAGGGGAUGAGGAUACGGCGCCGUUUCAUGAUUCUGUUACUACUUCACCCACAAUGUGUUUGGUGGCUGACCAAAGCAACAAGCUUUUGUGGAGCGGCCACAAGGAUGGUAAGAUCCGGGCUUGGAAGAUGGAUCAGGAGGAGCCUUGUGAGGCUUCUGAUGAUUCAGAGCCUUUCAAGGAACGUAUCUCGUGGCUAGCUCAUCGUGGCCCAGUGAAUUCUAUUGUCAUUAGCUCUUAUGGUGAUAUGUGGUCAUGUUCCGAAGGAGGUGUGAUCAAAAUAUGGCCUUGGGACUCCUUAGAGAAAUCUCUUCUUUUUAAACCUGCGGAGAAACACAUGGCUGCGUUAUUAGUGGAAAGAUCUGCCAUUGAUCUCAGGACUCAAGUUACUGUCAAUGGCACAUGCAGCAUAUCUUCCUCAGAGGUCAAGUUCUUGUUAACCGAUUCGGUAAGAGCUAAAGUGUGGGCUGUGCAGUCACUCUCAUUCUCAAUUUGGGAUGCUCGGAGUAAAGAUCUCUUGAAAGUUCUAAACGUAGACGGGCAAGUCGAGUGUCGUGUUGACAUGCUACCUACGCAAGACCAACAAGGCGACGACGAGACCAAACUGAAGUUCUUCUCAGCUUCCAAAAAGGAGAAACCGCAGGGCUUUCUACAGCGGUCGCGUAACGCCAUAAUGGGAGCUGCGGGAGCUGUUCGCCGAGUCGCCACUAGAAGCGCAGGAGGGUUUGCGGAAGAUACGAGGAAAACAGAAGCGAUCGUCUUAGCUGUAGAUGGAACCAUCUGGACCGGUAACAUCAGCGGUCAGAUUGUGCAGUGGGAUGGUAAUGGAAGCCGCUUGAAGGAUGUGAACCACCAUCACAAGCCUGUUCUGUGCUUUUGCACGUUCGGAGAUAGAAUCUACGUGGGUUACGCGAGUGGAUACAUCCAGGUUUUGGAUUCUGAUGGAAAGUUAAUGGCGAGCUGGGUCUCGCACAAUGAGCCUGUGAUAAAGCUAGCGGCGGGUGGUGGUUUUAUUUUUAGCUUGGCUACUCAUGGUGGAGUGCGUGGAUGGUACGUGACGUCUCCGGGACCCUUGGAUAAUAUAAUCCGAACGGAGCUGUCUCAGAAGGAGGCUUUGUAUGGUAGACAAGAUAAUGUUAGGAUUUUGAUUGGUACAUGGAAUGGUCAAGGAAGGGCUUCACACGGUGCGCUUAUGUCGUGGCUAGGCUCUGUCGCUUCAGAUGUUGGCAUUGUCGUUAUUGGGUUGCAAGAAGUGGAUAUGGGGGCAGGUUUCCUUGCCAUGUCUGCUGCUAAGGAAACGGUUGGACUUGAAGGAAGUGUUGUGGGGCAAUGGUGGAUUGAUGCAAUUGGAAAAGCACUUGAUGAGAAGAACACUUUUGAACGUAUGGGUUCAAGGCAGUUGGCAGGGCUUUUGAUCUCUCUUUGGGCGAGGAAGGAGAUUAGAACACAUGUUGGAGAUCUUGAUGUUGCGGCAGUCCCAUGUGGAUUUGGCCGUGCCAUUGGCAACAAGGGUGGUGUGGGACUGAGAAUCAGAGUUUAUGACAGAAUAAUGUGCUUUGUGAACUGCCAUUUGGCUGCACAUUUGGAGGCAGUUAACCGCAGAAACGCUGAUUUCAAUCACAUUUUUAGACUAAUGGUGUUUUCCAAAGGACACAACCUAAGUAACACAGCAGCUGUUGGUGUCUCAACAACAGCUUAUACACUAAAGACCACCACUAAUCCAACCACUGGCACUGAAGAAGUCAAGUCUGAUUUAGCAGCAGCAGACCUGAUCGCAUUCUUCGGCGAUUUUAACUAUAGGCUUUAUGGUAUAACCUAUGAUGAAGCAAGAGACUUCAUUUCACAGCGAUCCUUUGACUGGCUCAGAGAAAGAGACCAACUUAGACAAGAGAUGAAAGCUGGUAAAGUCUUCCAAGGAAUGCGUGAGGCAUUAAUCACUUUCCCUCCCACUUACAAAUUUGAAAAGAACCGUCCAGGCCUAGGAGGGUAUGAUUCAGGAGAGAAGAAGCGAAUCCCUGCAUGGUGUGACAGAGUUAUAUACAGAGACACUCAAGCAAGCCCUUUCUCAGAGAGCAAUUUGCAAUGCCCUGUAGUUUCAUCGGUUAUAAUGUAUGAAGCUUGCAUGGAUGUUACUGAGAGCGAUCACAAGCCUGUACGCUGCAAGUUUCAUGCAACCAUAGCUCACGUUGAUAAAUCUGUGAGGAGACAGGAGCUUGGGAAUAUAAUAAGAACCAAUGAGAAAAUAAAAUCCAUAUUCGAGGAUCUAAAGUUUGUUCCGGAAACAAGUGUGAGCAAUAACAGCAUUGUUCUCCAGAGCCAGGACACAGUUAUACUAACAAUCACAAACACUUCAACCACUAACAAAGCCAUGUUUAGUAUUAUCUGUGGUGGUAUUACUUUUGUCAAGGAUGAUGGUGAAGAGUCUGAUUAUACUCCACGAGGCUCCUUUGGUCUACCUCGUUGGCUUGAGGUCACGCCAGCAGCAGGGAUAAUAAGCCCGGAAGGAACCGUGGAUGUGAAGGUUCAUCACGAAGAUUUUCAAACAAUGGAAGAGUGUGUUGACGGCAUCCCACAGAGUUGGUGGUGUGAAGACACUCGAGAUAAAGAAGCAAUCCUGAUGGUGAACAUUCGAGGAAGCUGCUCAACUACAUGGACAAGCCACUCAGUCAAAGUCCGUCACUGCUACUCAGCUAGAGUGUGCCUCCUUGAAUCCAGACCUAAAAACCUAACAAAGCACCUAGGUGGUUCGCGUCGUCAUCCAACAGAUAAAAGCCGUCAUGGAAGCACUAGACCAAGAACUGAAGACUCGGUUAGCCGAGGUAAAAGCCACUGAUGAGCUUUGUGACAUUAACAGUUUAUAACUAGAUCUUUAGA